AUGCGUGUAAAUGACAUGUUGAAGGGGAAAAAAAAAUCUCGGCUCGACCGACGUGGUUAUUUGCCGCAGGUUCACGCUAUCAGUAAAUUAGGACAUGGAUUGCGGGUGUAGGUCCGAACGGGGGAAGCGAAUGGACUGAAGGGCGCCGGGUGAAUGAGAUAAAAAGGCAGGAUUUGCGAGGUCCCUGUUCGUCCCACGCAGGCAUAUCGGCCGUGCCACAUUAAACAGUGCAGAAGGACGGGGGGGCAGCGCUCAGUGUAAAGCCAUACCGCGAAAUGCUCACGUCUGUUCUGGGCUUUCUCAUUCUUCCCAUAUGUCUUCAGCACGGCGUUUUUGUUGGGGGGUCCAAGACAGAAUGUGACCCCUCCCAGUUCCAGUGUGGAAACGGCCGCUGCAUCCCCUCUGUGUGGCGGUGCGAUGGAGAUGAAGACUGCUCUGACGGCAGCGACGAGAGCACCUGCGUGAGGAAGACCUGUGUAGAGGUAGACUUCGUGUGCCGGAACGGUCAAUGUGUCCCCAAGAGGUGGCAUUGUGACGGCGAGCCGGAUUGUGAAGAUGGAUCCGACGAAAGCGCUGAUGUUUGCUACGCACGCACCUGCCGUGUGAACGAGUUCAGCUGUGGCACCGGAACCACUCAGUGUAUUCCUGUGUUCUGGAAAUGUGACGGCGAGAAGGACUGCGACAAUGGCGAGGACGAGGUUAACUGUGGCAACAUCACAUGCGCCCCUUUGGAGUUCACAUGUGCGAGCGGCCGCUGCGUCUCACGGAACUUUGUGUGCAACGGCGAGGAUGACUGUGGUGACGGCAGUGACGAGCUAGACUGCGUGCCGUCGUCCUGCGGGCCCAGCCAGUUCCAGUGUGGCAAUGCCACGUGCAUUCCCGCCAGUUGGGUUUGUGACGACGACGUGGACUGCCAGGACCAGUCGGACGAGUCGCCUCAGCGCUGCGGCCGCCGGCCCACGCCACCCGCCAAGUGCCCCUCUGGCGAGAUGCGCUGCGCUUCCGGCGAGUGCAUCCACCGCAAGUGGCGCUGCGAUGGUGACACAGACUGCAAGGAUGGUAGCGACGAGGUCAACUGCCCUGUGCGAACCUGCAGACCAGAUCAGUUCAAGUGUGAAGACGGCAGCUGCAUUCAUGGCAGCCGGCAGUGUAAUGGUUUGAGGGACUGCGCUGAUGGCAGCGACGAGAUCAACUGCAAAAACGUGACCCAGUGCAAUGAUCCUGACAAGUUCAAAUGUCGGAGUGGAGAGUGCAUUGAGACGAGCAAAGUGUGCAACAAGGUCCGGGACUGUUCAGACUGGAGCGACGAGCCAAUCAAAGAAUGCAAUCUGAACGAGUGCCUCCAGAACAAUGGUGGAUGCUCCCACAUCUGCAGGGACAAUGUGAUUGGCUACGAGUGUGACUGCCCUCCAGGACUGCAGCUCAUAGACCGAAAGACCUGUGGCGAUAUCAACGAGUGCUUGAACCCUGGAAUCUGUAGCCAGAUUUGCAUCAACCUGAAAGGGGGCUACAAGUGUGAGUGUCACAAUGGCUACCUUAUGGAUGCCUCCACUGGAGUGUGUAAGGCAGUGGGGAAGGAACCAUGUCUGAUCUUCACUAAUCGACGGGAUAUCCGAAAGCUGGGCCUGGAACGGAGGGAGUACACGCAGAUUGUGGAACAGCUCCGCAACACUGUUGCUCUGGAUGCAGACUUCACCCAGCAGAAGAUCUUCUGGGCUGACCUGGGGCAGAAGGCUAUUUUCAGCACGUCACUGGACAAGCGGGAUGAGGGUGUAUCGAAAGUAAUCGACAACAUACAGACACCUAUUGGGAUUGCUGUAGACUGGAUUUACAAGAACCUGUACUGGUCUGACCUAGCCACCAAGACCAUCUCUGUGGCCAACUUCAAUGGGACUAAGAGGAAGGUUCUGUUUAGCUCUGGUUUGAAAGAGCCAGCCUCCAUAGCUGUGGAUCCACUUUCUGGGUUUCUAUACUGGUCAGAUAGGGGAGAACCAGCAAAGAUUGAGAAGUCUGGCAUGAAUGGUGUUGACCGGCAGGUCCUGGUUGAGACAGACAUCCAGUGGCCCAAUGGGAUCACUCUCGACCUCAUCAAAAGCAGACUUUACUGGGUGGACUCCAAGCUGCACAUGCUCUGUAGUGUGGACCUUAAUGGGGACAACAGGCGCAAAAUACUACAGUCUCCUGAUUACCUCCCUCACCCCUUCGCCCUCACUGUCUUUGAGGAUCGUGUAUUCUGGACAGAUGGCGAGAAUGAGGCAAUCUACGGGGCGAACAAAUUUACAGGGUUGGAUUUGAUCACGCUUGCCAGCAACCUGAAUGAGCCGCAGGACAUCAUUGUUUACCACGAGCUGAUUCAGCUCUCUGGAAUUAACUGGUGCAGUGAGAAGGUGGGAAAUGGAGGUUGUGCCUACAUGUGCCUGCCUGCACCGCAGAUCAAUAAGCACUCGCCAAAAUACACCUGUGUGUGCCCCCAGGGCAUGGAGCUCUCAGCAGAUGGCCUUCAUUGCAGACCAGUCUCAACUGCAGCUGCCGGUUCGCCCCCAGGGGAUAAUGUGAAGGCACUCGUGCAGCCCCCUUGUUCUAAAGAGGGGAAUAUAAGCACCUCCAUCCAUGAGGUGAACUCCUCAGCCAAAGGAUCAGCUGCGGCCUGGGCUAUCCUUCCUGUUUUGUUGCUUGCGAUGACUGCUGCGGGAGGCUACCUGAUGUGGCGCAACUGGCAACUGAAGAACAAGAAGAGCAUGAACUUCGACAACCCUGUGUACUUAAAGACCACCGAGGAGGACCUCAACAUUGACAUUAGUCGGCAUAGCUCGUCAGUCGGCCACACGUAUCCCGCUAUAUCUGUCGUGAAUACAGAGGAUGACUUAUAGCCUAGUCUGACACCACUCCAUCUGUUUACGAUCUCUUUGGUGUCCAUGCCAACAGCUGCUAUUUAGCAGAGCUAUAACCAGAUGCCUUCUGAUGUGCAUUGUUUUCUUUUUUUACUUUGAGGUGUGGCAGGGUGAGGGUGUGGGAUGCUUGUCACUGUUUAUAGUGUAUAUGAUAAAUCCACUGAAUCCCUAAGACCUGCACUGAGCAUGCCCAGAGCAGCCUGGCCUUUGGGUGUGAUCUGUUCUACUUUCUCUCCAUUUACCCUCUUUUCCCACAAUCCAAUGCCUGCUCUGGCAGGAUACUGAAGUGUCAUUGGUACAGAAUGCUUGGACCGCAUAGUUAACAGCCUGUGAAUAUUGAGAUGCAUAUUUUAGGCAGUCAUGUCUUAAACCAUGUGACUUUUUAUCAAUUGUAUUACCUCCUGAAGCACAUUCUUAUGAAGCUUCUGUAUGCUGGUGAGGCAAGCUCUAUAAGGAAUGUGCUGUUAUGACAUUUGUAAAACUAGGAAAUUUGUACAUACUGUCCCGAAAAAUUGCAAUCAGGACAUCGAAGCACUUUGAUCAAGCUUACUCUGUAAAUAAGAUUGUAUACAUUGGACUGAAUCAAUUUUUUGCAAAGGUUGGGCAUAGUACCAGGGUAGAGAUGUAUUUAAAAAAAAAAAAAUGAAUUUGUUAAAAUAUUUUGUAUGUUUGUGCUGUUCCUGUGACCUUUUAUAGCAUUGUACAGGGGUACUUGACUCUGUGAAAGCAUAAAACAUUUGCAAUCACUUCAAAUAAAAUAAUAUGUGAAA